AUGAAUACAAUGGAUAAAAAUAAUGAUUGCUAUUUUUAUUUCUAUUCUACCUGUACAAAGGAAAAAAAUUGUCCAUUCCGACAUUGUGAUCUUGCACUUGGUUCAGAAGUUGUAUGUGAAUUAUGGCGUGUUGGCCGUUGUAAUGAUCGUAAUUGUCCUUUUCGUCAUAUGGAACCAAAUAUAAAACGUUCAACAACACAAUGUUGGUUUGAAACACAACCAAAUGGUUGCCGUAAACCACAUUGUGUAUUUAUGCAUACAAAACCACGGCCAUCAAUAACCGAUCUGCAGAGUAAUAUAGCUGAAUGGAUAUUACCAACUGGCCAUAAUAUUAAUCAACAACAAUUGACCACCAAUACUAAACAAAAUUCUCAACAAAUAAAACCGAACAUCGUCAAUAAUAAUGAUGGUAAUCAUCAAGAUUUAUCGAAUAAUUCGAAUGUCCAAAACAACAACAGUAAAGAAUCACAUAUCACCAUAACUAAACCACAAUUACAAUCAACUGAACAAUUAAGCAUUUCAAUUGAUAAAGAUGAAGAAUCGGAUGAUAAUAAUGAAAUCGAUACUGUACCAGAUGAUGAUGGCCAUAAACAACCAGAACAACCAGCCAUCAAAACAUUGGAACAGAUAAAAAUGGAAAAAAUUCUUCAUUCAUCACCAAAUGAACAUUUAAUGGAUGCAACCAAUAAUCAUAGUUUGACGAAAUCUUCAGUUAUUAAUAAGAUUGAUAUGAAAUUUGAUAAUCUCACCGCCAAACAUUCUCCAUCAUCAUCAAUAGCUGCACCAUUAAGAGCUGAAAUAAAACGAUCUAUGCCGAUAAAACAACAAGAAAAUAUUCAACCACCAUCACAAUCGAAACCUUUACAUGAAGAACGACCAGUAAAUGUUGUUGUAAAAACAUUGGAACAAAUUCGUAAAGAACGUGAAGAAUCUGAACAGAUAGCAGCGACAGCCGUUUCAAAAGAAAAUCAAAUACCGAAUUCUUAUAAACGAACAUUGAUGGAUAAUAAUAAUGAUACUGAUGAUCAAUCAUCAUCAUCAUUGAUUCCAUCGAAACCGAUAAAAAUACGAAGAAAUCGUUUGACAACAUCUACGUUGAUAAUGAUGACGAAUAAUCAAAAUUCAAAUUCAAGUAUCGAAGAUAAUAAUGAAUUAGAAUCACAACAAAAUUAUAGUCGACAACAACAACAACAACAGAUAAAUUCAUCAACAACGACGGAAAAAUCAUCAUUAAAUCAAGACGAUAUAAUAACACAUGGACAACAAUCGACAAAAUUAUCAAACAAUGACUACAACGAUGAUGAUCUCGAUCUAGAAUUUCUACAUGGCGGUGAUCAUGUAGAACCAGCGGUGGCAAUAAAUUCCUUCUCAGCAGAAUUUACAAACAUUGAUGAUGAUGAUGAAUUAAUGCGUGAAAUUAAUCAGGUUAUCAAUAGCUAAAAAAAAAAAUUCCUUUUUCUCUUUUGUAAA